AUGCGCGUUAUUUUUGCUGGGAUUUUUCUUCUCAUCUCGGCUAACCAUGGCUAUCCUUCCUGUCCUCCGCGUUGCCAGUGCUAUGAAGAUCCUGAUAGUCGAUCACAAUCGAUGCAUCUCAUCUGCAAAUGGGACGAGUGCUUCUUUCUCUGGCUGUUAGCUCAUGGUAUGACCAUUACCGGAUGUUCGGAAACUUGUCGCUGUUCACGCAACCGACACCGAAUUUCAUUGAAAUCAUCACGCAUGUUGAACAAACCACCCAUAUCUUCAGCUGUCGCACAUUCCCUAGUGCUUAAUAAAUUAUCGCGUAAAUGGCGCGGCAAACCACCAGCAAAUUCGUUUAAUGGCGAUGUUGAAGGAUUAGUGGACGGAUCUUCAGCUGUCGCACAUUCCCUAGUGCUUAAUAAAUUACCCCGUAAAUGGCGCGGCAAACCACCAGCAAAGUCGUUUAAUGGCGAUGUUGAAGGAUUAGUGGACGGACUUUUGCGAGGACAAUUUGCUCCCAAGGGACUUGAUUGCACGGCCGCUUCUUUGCUAUCCAAUGUUUUACUUUUACAAGCUAACCUUCUGAACACCACCAAUCUCGAUUCGCUGACAAGGCCGGAACUCGUCCGAACUCUAACAAUCCGCUGUUCCCAUUUUUCUAAGAAGAAAAGCGUACCCUUAGCUGGCUUGUUUCGGGGACUACGAAAUUUGGAUCGACUGGAAAUCGAUCGUUGCAUUUUGGCCAGUCUUCCAGGCGCCUUAUUUUCGGGUUUACACCAACUCUACUCGCUAAUUAUCAAAAAUGCGAAACUGCCUGCGAUACCCAAUGAGUUGUUUGCCCAUACACCGAAUUUGAUGACAUUGGAUAUGACGGGAAAUGAGCUAAGGAUUGAACCUUACUCCUUAAAAUCAUUAGGAAAUCUGAUACACUUGGAUUUGAGCAACAAUUCGAUUAACUUUCUGGCAAACACAUUGAUCUCAUUGACAAAACUGAAGGUACUGACAAUGGACAACAACAAAUUGACGAAUAUUGAUUUCCGGAGGCUACCUGAAGAUCUGACAGACUUAUCGUUACGUCACAAUUUCAUCACAACGAUCCACUACGUACCCCAGAGCGCGAGGAAUCUCCGCCGAAUCGAUCUAUCAGGAAAUUUGCUGGAUUUUCUUUCCGGGAGCAGUUCUGUGAACAUGCUUCCAGCAGGUUUAAAACAAGCAGAUCUUUCAAAUAAUCGAAUUGCUUACAUACAAGAAGGAGCACUUUCACAUAUGGACAAAUUGGCACUGCUGGACUUGAACCUCAAUUUAUCUACAUUCUACUGCUAUUUGCCCUUUUUGAGAGGAAACCAACUGACGGAACUCAAAGAAGGCUCCCUAGCAGGACCAAAAACUCGAUUGCGGCUUUUUCUUGAGAACAAUCCAUUCCAAUGCCAUUGUGGACUACGAUGGUUGCUUCACGCUAAGGAUAAGGUUGUCAGUGGUUCAGCAACAGCUUAUUUAUUUAUUCAAAGCAGAUUAGGCUACGUACCCGUGGAUCAACACCUUACCCUAGAUUAUUUCCAGACAUCGCCCGUUGUUCUUGAUCUACCAACUUUGACUUGUUCCUUAUUACUGGACGAAAACGAACGCCUGAAUCUUACAACCGCUGAUCACCUGAAUCAGCUGAUCUGUAGAUAUGAAUCUCUCUGUCUGGGAUCUUGUAAUUGUUGCGACGAGGUGCUUUGCCCUUGCCGAAGUGAAUGUCCCCAAGAAUGUGAAUGUUACCGGUCUAGCAAUAUGGAAAGAACUAGGAAUGCGCAAAAUAUUUUGGUUUGCGGGAAGUUG